AUGGCCUUCCCCUACCUCAAUCUAGACGGAAGAGACACUUACAACGAUGUGGAGUUCGAAUUCCGCGUAUGUCCAGCACUGGCGUCGAAACCGGCCACGGCUGAGGCGACCAACAAUACUGCAUUUGAACAACUUCCUAAAUAUGGACCUGGAAGUGACCUCGUCGACGCCGAUCCGGGCCUUAUUGUGACCAAGAUUCAUGGAACCCAUCUUCUGGUCCUGAACCGGUUCGCUGUCUUUCGGCCGCAAUAUUUGAUCUUGACCCUCGAUUCGUUCAGGCGGCAGACGGAGAACCUUGACGAGACGGACCUCAAAGCGGCAAGUCUUGUUCUUGACCAUCUAAGCCAUGAGCAUUUUAUCAUGUUCAAUUGUGGAAACGAGGCCGGUUGCAGCAGACUGCACAAACACAUGCAGGUUAUCCCUUGCUUGGAUGGCUUCACGCUCUUCCCUGAUGUUGAGGGUCUGGAUCCUGAGAGCGUUCCAUUCAGGUAUUUUAUCCGACGGAUCGAGCCUGGAACGGACGGCGCAUUGGACUCUUUGCUUCCAAUAUACGAGAGGCUGCGCAACGAAGCUUAUGAGGCCUGGCAAGCCUACACUGGCGACACACUGGACUACUUCCCUCACAACAUGAUGCUUACGAAAAGGUGGAUGAUGGUCGUGCCGCGCCGAAGAGUAGCCGCGGCGCAAGGCGCAACUGCCAAUGCCGCAGGCAUGAUGGGUAUGGUUUGGGUCACGAACACACAACAGAUGGAUCGGUGGCAACAACCGGGACCAGCACAGGUUCUGGCUGAGCUUGGUGUACCAACUGGGAAGGGUAUGUGA